AUGAGAGCAGUCCUCCCAGGCAGACCGAGGUCUGGGCUCCAAGCUCUUGCGACGGGCUUCUGGGACACGAGACACUUCAAUGUCUACAUAACCGGCAGCGCAUUUACUAUCCUCACCGAUUCGGAUACCGUUCUCCAGACCAUCUACGACGACGACCCGAGUCAUUUGCAAGCCGUAGCCUUUGAUGAAUCUUCGGGCAAGAUUGCCACCUGUACCAAAUCUGUCGUAAGAGUCUACAGGCCGUUUGGACAGCCAGAAGAUGCUCUUAAGUGGGGCCUUCAAUCAUCAUUUCCAAUUCCCGAUCCUCAAAAUGCCGCUGACGGCGUCUCCUUAAGCUGGGGUGGUACUGAAGAGCUCCUCGUUGGCCAUUGCGCCCUCUACUUGUACUCGACCAUUGCCGAGCCUGCGCAGUUAUGGAACAAGCCUGUCCCGAACCCCCUGAAGGUCGCAGAGCUCUCGUACGACUCGGCAUACAUAGCUUCUGUUGGACUUCAAGAUUGUCUAGUCAAGGUCUGGCGCCGAUUGACUUAUGGAGCCGACGAUGUGCGCUUUGACCUGGCCUACUUGCGCCACCCGGACGUUAUCACCAGUCUUCGAUGGCGGAAGCCUUUCCAUGCCGAGCAAACGGUCGAAAACGCUCUUUAUACUAUUUGCGCCGAUAACGUGGUACGCGUUUGGAUAGGCGCAGAUACGCAUGCCUCUGGGCACAUGAAUCUUUGGGGGGCCAUCGAUUUGACCUCUGAACUCCGAGAACAUAGCCUUAAAUCUCCCCUUACCAGAGUACCCCUGGCUUCAUUCAUCAUCGACGGGAGAGAGGUUUCAGCUGCCGCCGAGCUCACUGUUCAGCGUCGUCCAGCUCAGGAAGGGAAAUGCGACACUGCUCUCGAGAACUUGAUAGCCCUUGCAAACAAGAGCCCCGAACUUUGUGUUGCUUCCGAUGGCGCAGGAAACAUGACUAUAUAUGCUUUCGAAGACGUUGGUUCGAGAACUAACAAACCAAAGACCGCUGUCAAAGUCGCAAGCUUCGAGUCGCAUCUACUCGACAUCCGGGCUGGUCUACAUGUUCAAGUACAGAGCUAUUGCGAUCGACAGACCGGGCGGCUACAUAUACUGGCCCAUGACUUUGAUGGCCAGAUUCAUGUCUACGAAGCGAACCUGGUGGAGUUCCUCGAUACCAUCAACGAGCAAAAUCGUCUCACUCGGCGCUGUAUCUGGUCCGGUCAUUCGGCGCCCAUCAAAAAGAUGGUUCGAAACUUCAGUGGUCGAGCUGUUGUGUCUAGAACGGAAGAGGGCGAAUGCGUUGUCUGGACCCACUCAGAGAAGAACAACCUCUCGCGGCAGAGCGUCAUUCCGGGGAGCGCUCAUAUUCAUCGCAUUUGCGUCUUACGCAAGGGUCGUUUUGUUGUGUUUUUGCAGCAUGACACCAUCUCUCUAUGGGAUUGCCGGCCACAAAGGGCAAUUUUAUUGGAGCGACAGCCGUAUGAGAUUUCAGGGAAGCCACUUUGUCUCCUAAUUCUACCACGGCAAAGGGUUGAGAAUUAUGCCGUUGCACAGAUUGCCACGAUUACCUCGGAGCAAGAAGGACUUGUCUGGGAGGUCAACCUGCCUCGGUACUCCCAUCAGCGUACUAAGGCACACACCAAUGGCCAGGAUGAGACGUCGAUACGAGAAUUUUGCAGGUUCAAACUGAAGGAUGCCGAAGGAAUCGCUUACAUGCUCCCUGUUGAUCCUGCAGGAUCCGCGCCGGUAACAUCAAGCUUCCUGGAUGUUUUUGCCAGGGAUAUCGCCAUAUCCUAUACCCAUACCGGCCGAGUAGAUUUCUGGACAGCUAGGGUGGACAAAACGGGAAAACACGUUGGGUGGCUCUCCACGUCUUCAGCAGAGACCGGUCUUUCAGAGCCGGCUCUCGUCAGUGGAAGCACUCUCAAGAAGGCUGCGCUCGUUGAUUCGGGGAGGUCGCAGCUAUUCAUAUGGGACAUCGGCGGCGCUCGUCUUGAGUUCACACAGGACUAUGGUACGCACAACACCAUCCAGGAUCUUGACUGGACCUCAACGCCAGACUCGCAAUCGAUACUUGCAGUAGGUUUCCAGUCCAAGGUGGUCCUGCUUUGCCAGAUGCGUUUUGACUACCUGAACAAGGGGCCUGCUUGGGCUGCAGUCCGGGAGAUCAGCAUUCGUGAGUUCACGCCUCAUCCAAUAGGCGACUCUACAUGGCUAGGUGACGGGCACCUCGUCAUUGGCUCUGGCAAUCAGAUGUUUGUUCACGGGAGAGACUAUGACUUAUCCAGUUCUCUGGUCAGCAGCCUACAACUUCCACACAAGAAGCACGGCGUCUGGGAUCUUUUUGAGGCCGUUCAAAGGUUUAAUGGCCCGCUGCCGGUUUUCCAUCCUCAAUUUCUGAGUCAAUGUAUCCUUGCCGGCAAAAGCACGGUAGUGCGGAACGUGCUCAUGUCUCUGCAUCAAACACUCAAAUUCCUCAUUGCCGGUGAGACAGUUGAUGACUACUUGGGGUUGGAUCCGGCAGUCUUUUACACGGACAAGGUAUCAAAGGCGUCAGAAGCCCAUUUGGGGUCUCACUUCAGCCUUCAAACAUCCAAAGAUGAGGCAGACGAAACGUUUGGCGAGGAGACUGCAUAUGCCAUCAACGAGCGACUGACCAAGGUCGGCCUUCGACAGCUCUCGGGACACGAGCAAAUACAAUUAGCGGAUAUUGUGGAAUGCGUUGGCCUGGUAGAAAAACAACGCAGAUCACUCGACGAGAACGGAGCUCGUUUCAUGUUGUUUUUCCGUCAGCAUGGCCUUCGCAAGGGCCGGACAAGCGAGAUUCAGAUGUCGUGGCGAGAGAUUAACUGGGCUUACCACUCAACCAGCCAAGACAUUCUCACUGACUUCGUCAUCAAACAAUGUCAUGGUACCGUGCGCUGGGAGGAUGCGCGAGAGAGCGGCAUGUUCAUGUGGCUUAGUGACCUCAACGCUUUGCGCACGCAAUUCGAGAACGUGGCUCGCAACGAAUAUACCAAGAGCGACAUGAAGAACCCAGUGGAUUGUAGCAUCUACUAUCUAGCCCUGAAGAAAAAGACAGUUCUUCAGGGGCUCUGGCGCAUAGCUCACUGGAACAGAGAGCAAGGGGCAACGCAGAAGUUGCUGGCUAACAAUUUUGAAGAGCCCAAGUGGCGGACGACAGCUUUGAAGAACGCUUACGCCCUACUCAGCAAGCGACGGUUCGAAUAUGCGGCAGCAUUCUUCCUGCUUGCCGAUCAUUUGCAGGACGCUGUAAACGUCUGUUUGAACCAGCUCAAGGACCUCCAGCUUGCUGUGGCAAUUGCUCGCGUGUAUGAAGGUGACCAAGGUCCGGUAUUGAGAAAGCUCUUGGAAGAAGAAGUGCUUGCUGUGGCAGCCAAGGAGGGUAAUCGCUGGCUCGCGUCGUGGGUCUUCUGGAUGUUGAACCGCAAGGAUAUGGCGGUCAGGGCUCUCAUUUCCCCCGUCUAUACCCUGGUGGAAACGCCUUAUGCUCCUGAUAUGAGAUCGAAACUCUUCUUGACAGAUGAUCCAGCGUUGGUGGUGCUGUACUCGCAAUUACGACAGAAGACACUCCAAACACUGCGCGGCGCGUCAAAGGUUACCCCACGCGUCGAGUGGGAAUUCGUUCUUCACAGCGCCAAGCUCUACGACCGUAUGGGUUGCGAUCUUCUCGGUCUGGACCUGGAGUUUAAGGUUGACAAGCUUUUAGUUCGAAACUGGGAGUUCCUAAAACCAGCGUCGAGCAUGACCAACGGAUUAGGCGGCGAGGUGAAUCCGCUAAAGAUGCUACGCCGACGUAGUUCGCUGGUGGUGGCAGACUUGCCCAUGUCGAGCCUCCACGUCGCAAUGAGAUCCGGCGGAUCGGGAAAGCAGUCGACUACCACAGUCUUCCAAGAGCCAGACUCAAGCUCGCUGCUCGACAGCUUCGGGUUUUGA